AUGGCUCAAACCAACGCUUUCGACUUGCUCCCGAACGAGCUUAUUAUCAAUGCCCUGGACUCCUUGCCCACACGCUCACUCUUGCCGCUUGCUGCUGUUUCUCGCCGGUUUCGUGGACUCGUUGGCCGUCUCCACUACUACAGACUUGUCGAGGCCACCGCGCUGCAAGGCCGCCAACUGAUCCUAGAGUGCUACCACCCCUGCGAUAAGGUGUCAACCCCGUCACUGUUUUGCAAGUACAUAGGAACCGACGGGCUCACCGAGGCUGGUGAAGAUGCUGACCUAGAGGACUUGAAUCGUCUCUACUCGCGAUUCAAGCUCUAUCUCGGCGAUGAAAACCACCGCCCUCGCGCUCGAUGGCCUACCGCCCGUGUCACUGCAGGGAUAGAAAAGCCUUUGGCUGAAAAGACUCCAUCUUAUGAUGUGAAUCUCGACGCUGACGAGCUGUUCACCCAACUUUGCGCGGUGACUAACUUAGUCAAGGUAGGACCAAGGAGAGGCUUGUUCCUCAGCAUAGACAACGUCAGUGAUAGUGUCGUCAGAGUCUGGCGCGAUUGGCUUCGAGAACAAGCUACGCGAUCGGCGAUGGAACAGCAGCAAGCGGAAGCAACAAAUCUUGAUGAUCCUUCCAUAUUAUGGGUGGACACAUCUAAGAACGUUGGAGUGCGAUUUCGCGUUAUACCUAGAGAAGAGGGCCAAACACCCCUUUUACUAAGCCGCGACCAAGAUCCGCCUGUCUCAUACACACUCGAAUAUCAAGAGUUGAUCGUGCGGACCAACAAACUACAGCUUACCCUUGAGACCUCUGAGGCUCAACAAAUCGCUCACGCAGGUAAAGCUAUCAUUAUUGCCUCCAUUACUUGAAAGGGUCCUCUUUUUCGAUCUCUGAUCGAAUUUGGCUUGAAUGAAAUGACUGGCGACUUCCGUUCACGGU